AUGGCGAAUUUGGUAUUCAAUAAAACAUUAGCAGCUUUGUCAGACCUUGUCUUGAAUAACGACACGUCGGUAAUAUACACAACGAAAUUUAACGCCAGUUUAUUGGGCGGAAACAGUUCGACAUUUAGCGGAAAUGACACACCAGUUAACGAGGGGUACCCUCCUCGUCCGGAAUCUCGGUACGAGGUUUGGCAACAAGUACUGAUCACGAUGGUUCUUGUGGUGCUGACUACGGGAACAGUGAUUGGGAACUCUCUCGUAUGUAUAGCUGUGGGUAUCGUGAAACGCCUCCAGACGCCCUCUAACCUGCUCAUUCUGUCACUCGCUGUAUCCGACCUAUUGGUGGCCAUUUGUGUGAUGCCUUUUAAUGCCGCGUAUGAGGUGAUGUCCUAUUGGUCUCUAGGCGAGGUGGUGUGUGAUUUAUUCACGUCUUUGGAUGUUAUUCUGUGUACGGCUUCCAUUCUAAACUUGUGCAUGAUUAGUGUGGAUCGCUAUUUUGUUAUUACGCGGCCAUUUAAAUAUGCUAUGAAAAGGACCCCUCGCCGAAUGGGGUUGAUGAUCCUCGGCGUGUGGAGCGGAUCCAUCAUUAUUUCAAUUCCUCCUUUACUGGGGUGGAAAACGGAACGGCCGCCCUGGCAAUGUUUAAUCAGCCAAGAAAUAGGAUACCAAAUCUAUGCAACCCUCGGUGCCUUUUACCUCCCUCUAACUGUUAUGUUGGUUGUGUAUUUCCGUAUUUGGAAGGUAUCUUCAAGACUUAUGAAAUCGGAAAACAAAUCCAAAUUAGGAAGCAUUGACAAAGGUAAUGACCAAAUAUAUUUACCUUCUAAAAAGUCAUCGAGAAGUAGUGGAAUAAGUGAAAAUACUAUUGUUGGCAACGGGAAUCUCAAAAAUGGUAAUUUUGAUGGGGACGAUGCAUCAAUGGAAAUGCUCGGACAUUCUAACCACUUGAAGGCGAGUAAUGGCAAACGGAGAUUCACACUUAAAUCAUUUCUUACAAAGAGUACAAAAGUAGCCUCGUCCUCGAAGGAAGCGAAAGCCACAAAGACGCUAGGUGUAAUCAUGGGUGGCUUUGUGGCCUGUUGGCUGCCUUUCUUCAUCCUGGCGGUGAUCCGGCCUUUCUGUGGCGCCCAGGAGCAGUACUGUUCUAUUCCACCAUGGUUAGCUAGUGUGUUUGGGUGGCUAGGGUAUUUUAACUCAUUUCUAAACCCUUUAAUCUACGCACGUUUUAACAGAGAGUUUAGAACUCCAUUUAAAGAAAUUUUAUGCUUUCGAUGUAAGGGUAUCAAUUCUCGUAUACGUUCGGAAAGUUAUGUGGAACAAUAUGGACCCGAUCCAACCUUCCGGGAUAGUUUACGGCCGCCCACGGAAACGAUUGUGAGGUAUAACAGUCAAGGACACACUAUUGUGCAUGUCGGGAACGGUAAUGCGUGUCCGGAAGAGAGUAAGCUGUAA